AAUGUGUUGGAAACAGGCAACAAAUUCGAUUUCGGAAAAACGGAAAAAAGAACUCCCCCCACCACUCUGCCACUCAUCUCUUGAUGGCUUCCAUGCACUCUCAUCUGAUGAUUCGAUGAUACCGAUACCCAUCCUCACCAUAGUCCCCUCUAACCCAUACAGUAGGAACUUCCUCCAUUAUCAUCAGAUGAUACCGGUUAUAGAAAGUUUUCUUGAUGGGAGAUAGAAAACAAUGACAGAGGAAUCCCAAAGAGAAGAAUCGAAAGAAACCGAGGAUCAAGAGGAUCAAGAGGACCCAGAAGAAGUUCUUUAUCCGGAAGACGGACAUGUCGUUUCAAACUCUGGACGAGAGCAUCAAAGUGCUCGUGUUCGUCAGCAUGCUCAGAAGUGGCCCAGUUUAUAUGAAGAAUGCAGAACCAUGGUGUCGGCGUCCAUCCUCAUCUAUGGUUUUUCAGAACUACGCAGGAGGAUACGGUUGGGACAAAUCACAGAUCCAUCCAUCACAGAACCGUUCAUGAACUUGCCAAGCUCAUCUGUAGACCUUGUCCCAGUUGCCUAUCAGAACAAGGCAUUCUUCGAUGAACUUCUGGGAUCAGAGGGCGAUGGCUUUUAUCUCGAUCAGAUUCUCAAAGAGAGAGAGUGGAUUGAAGUUAUCUUUCGGGGAUCUGCUGUUUUCAGAGAUUUUCUAGCAGAUGUUGAUCCUACCAUGGGAUCCUUCCCCAAUCCAGUAAGGGGCCUUGAUGGCCAUUCACAAGAGAAGAACAUUGGGGUGCACAUGGGUUUUGCUUUCUACAUGAAUCAAACACCCUUGAGAUUAGGGGUGGGAAAGACAAAAGAAAUCAAGGAGAGGUUGCUCGCCUUGCAUGAAGAAUAUCCGGACUACAGGAUCUACUGCACUGGGCACAGCCUUGGUGGAGCGCUUGCAACUCUCUUGGCGUUCGAGCUGGCCACUUCCGACGACUUCCCCAAGCCCGUAACGUGUGUUUCUGUAGCAUCUCCCAAGGUAGGAAACAUUAGCUUUUUGCAUGCGGUUCAAGCACUGGAGAAAAUGGGCGACUUGAGAUGCAUCAGGGUGGCCAACAAACUAGACCUCAUACCCAGCAUGCCGCCAAAGGCAUGCCCUUGUGUGGAUCUGUGCUGUUGCUGCUUUUCAUGGAUUGGUCAAAAACGACGAUUCUGGCAUGUUGGCGCAAAAGUGACUCUGUACAAGGACGGCAAGUGUGAUGUUUCCUAUACAAGGAGGCGAAUGACAUACUUUGAACAACUCAAAAAUGAGUUAUCUAGAAGAGGGAGGAUCCAGAAAACGUGGGCAGCCAUGUGGCGUGCUGGGGCUUGUUGUAAAGGAGACGGUGAUUUUCUGAGGAACCACAGUUGCCAGGAAUAUCUCGAGAGACUUUCUGCAUCGCAGACGAAACUCGAGUCUCGGUAUUUGCAGGAAUUGUACAGACGACAACAUCGGCAGUCACUGAACUCCAGGAAAGGUCCUCCACCCCCUGCUCACCUCCUUCUUGAGGGGACGGCCCCUCAACUCCUAAUAGAGAACGGUUGA